UGCUGAAGUUAUAUUAUUAAUUAGACUGCAUCUUCGAAUUAUAAGCGUGGACUAGAAAGACCAACAUCAAAUAUGUUUAGUUUACUAAAAUAACUAAAUAGGAGCAAAGAUUCUGAAAGAGAAGAAAAAUGUGUAAGGUUAAACCAGGCUGCACUUAGAUACAGAUGUUUGUGCUCAUUACAUGUCAUGUUUAGACUCCUCAAUUUGACUUCAUUUUGACGCUAUUUGCUUCUAUUAAAGACUAGCAAUUGCCAUUGCAGGCUUUUCUAAUUCGAGAGACACAUUUGGAAACUCUGAUAUUUUGCUCAGGAGCCAUUCAUUGGCUAGCCCUUUACUAAACCACUCCACUGGAGGCUGAGCUUCAAGUCAGAGAAGGAAGUUUGGUGGCAUCGACUUACACCGACAACCGAUUCCCUAGAUUUCCCGGGACAUCUUUAUUGACAGAAGUCUCUCCUUGAUGAAGCGAGAAUGUUCCUAGAAUAGGAUUCAACUUUUAAGAUGACAGUCCUCUGCAGCUGUCAGCUUCCACGCGUCAGACUCCAGCACAUACGAUUGUAACUUGUAUUAAUUUCAAUUGGUCCUAUGGAGUGAUACACUGAUCUUGCAGUUAACAGCUCUUUGCCUUACAUACAGUGCAGCUGAUGGUGUGACAGAGUCUGGGCAAUUUGCACAAAAUUGGCUGGUGACUUGUGUCAUUUUUGAGCAGUUGUUAAUAAAGUGGUCAUGCCCAGUUUGUCAGGCACUCCUAUGGGGGGGCAGGACCAGGUUCAGCAGUGUUUGCUUGCAGCCGAGUUCAUUAAACCACAUCCCGGUUGCAUGUUGACUUUAUAUCCAUUUGUUUAGUAGUGGGGGAGCUUACUCGCUGUGGCAGUCUUUGUUCUGUCUCGUGUGCUUGCACCGUUUCCAAGCAACUGUGGAGCAGGUUGUUCCAUGAAAAGGCAGUCGACUCUGCUGUAAUUGGAAAACGUGAUAGGACCAGCAGCCAUCAAAGCUUUUAACCUGAGACCCAGCUUGAACAAGUUACUGAUUUUCCUGUUUGGAUUUAAAGCUAGAAAGUGGUGUUUUACCUGUGAAUUAUUAAGUUAAAGCUAACAAUAUUGGACACAUGGUCCUGUUUAGAAGGUUCAAGCAGUGGGGGAUAGUUUAGUUUAUUGACCUCAGGGCCAGUAACUCAAAAACAAAUCUUAUUUCCAGAAGGAAAAAAAAAAAAAAAUUAAGGCUGUUUUACUGGAAUUCCCCCAUCGACAGUUAUGUUUCUCAUUAGGAACCUGACAAACUUCAUGAAGGCAUGAAGCACGGCCACAGCAGGUUUCAUAAACUUCCUUCAACAGCCUCACAGCAGCUUUCGUUCAUUUUUCUUUCCUGUACAUUUAUUUCAACAGAAACCGCUUUGGUGACUAAUCGUCAUCUCCCUUAGAUCCCUGGGAGUUGAAAGAAUUAAAAACUAAACACUGAGCAAAGAUAUGUAAAGCUAAGGGUUUGUUAUUCAAGUACCAAGCUGGCCGCACACCCAGUAUAAAUACAAUACUGUAAACCACUUGCAUCACUGGAUAAUAAACAGUGUGCUCCACAGAUGUGUGUCUUUGCUCUCUCUGGAACCACAGUGUCUCUGUGAUGGGGACAGAAAACAGGAGCUUCCGUCCUGCCCUGCCUGUGCAGAAGAGGAGGAGCUGGGAGUGUCUUAGUUAGGACCAAGCAAACCCUCUAUUACCGGUUGCUAUUCACAGAGACUAAAAAGAUUUACUGUGUAGUCAAGGGCAAGGUGGUGCGAAUGGGGUACCAAUCCAAACUGUUAGCAGACUGUACCAUUACCACCAAUAGCAACACGGUGGGGUCUAUAUUGACAGUCUCAACAGUGGUAACUCCUAAUAGCACCACCCUGACAUUUAGGAACCUCAUUGCACUGUUUUUUUUAUGUAUUUAGUGAUGUUAGUAAGUGGGUCAGUAAUUCGACAUUUGCAUAAACAAUCAUUGCAGGAAUCACUAGGCAAUUAGUAUCGUCUCUUCUGUUUCCCUUUAAAAACUGCGGAUAAUGAUUGGGUGCUGGUUAUUGAUAGGGUUGGGGUUAUAAUUAGCAGUUGAAAAGUCACUACGUGUUCUUUUAGAGAAACAUUGGUGGCAGGGUUAAAUUAUGAUCAAAACAAUUCAAGAGUGUAGUAGGAUCUUAUUUUAGAGUUUUAGUAACUUUUUCCCAAUAGCUGUUUAUCAGCACAAUACACAUUUGGCAAUUGUUUCUCUCGCUAAAUGAAUUGCUAACGCCUUUACAAAGUUGGGUGCUAAAUAAGAGGUCACUUGGGUUAGUACACAGGUUAGAUCAACAGCAGUGGCUGUGGAGCUGGAGAUCACUCGCGAGAGAGGCCUUGCAUCUGAUUUCUGGGGGUGGCUCCAGCUCCCACUUUCUUUCUCCCACCUGUUUCCACUAUCACCGCUGCCUCUUCCUUACACAGCCUGCUAAACGAUACUCCUUUCUGGGCUCCCAGACUGCCACUUCGGAUAAGUAAUGGCUUUCCUUCUGUAACAGAAUCUGCCGUGGGUGAAAAAGGGUAUACGAGAUGCCAAAAGACGUUUGAGAAGGACUAGUCUGAGAUCACUUACCUUUUUCCGCUUGGCUAAAUAAACACAAUUACUUUCCUUUCACAGCAUCUCUACGCCCAGUAAAUUACAGCCUGAGAAAGCGUACUUCCCAAUGGAGGAAAAAACAAAAGGCUGGUAUAUUAUCUACCCAUAAUCGUUACAGGCACCGUAUCGGGACAAUGCAAUGGGGCUGAACACAGCCUGCACUGUGAGACCUGUCUCUCUGUAGUCCACAAGGGAAACCCUAUGCACCAAUGAUAUGUGCACAGAGGUGCUGGUGUACUGAGUUCGGUGGUAUUGCUGGAUGUAGCUUUACGUACAGUGGGUUGUAUUCAGAAAGCAUUAGUGCACCAGUAAAUGCUAUGUACUUCAUGACACACUAAUGCCUUAUGAAUACAGUAUUUGUUCCAUGCCCCCCAAUCAGUUCAAUUUUACACUUCAUAACAACGUAUUUCGUCGGUUUUCCAUCCACUGCAAAUUCUAGCGGGUCAAAGGAAAAUCCCCGUGACGUUUCGUGAUGUCAUAGUCUAUUUGCAUGUGUCGCAACGUUUUCUGCAAAAUCGCAUAAAAUAUAUUCGCUAUAGCUAUCAACGGUACCGGUAGACACUUGUGGCGCCUCUGUAAAGAAUCACCACUGUAUUCCUUUGGCUCCGCCCAGGAGCUUCGGCAGGGGCUCGCUGUUAAAGUUUAACCUGGUACUGUAAGAAGUUAGUGAAGGAGCAACACGAGGAGAAUCUUGGCACGGCAUUCCUACCGCUCUGCAGGAAAGCACAAGAGAGUUCUGAAGCUCUAAGGAUUUCACCACUACCAGAAAACAGGAGGGAUGGUUAGAGAACAAAACCAUUGGGGUCAAAAUAAUCUGGUUUCAGAUAGUGCAGACUGAAGCACCUGGAAACGCACUUUAACCAGGCCAAAGGGUGACUGUAGACCACUCAGCAUACCUUCCAGGCCCUCAGUAGAGCACGAGGCAGAAUGAAAAUUAAAAACCUGGUAAAACAUGGAAAUAAAGUAUCCCUUUUUUAAAAAUACCUCAAGAACCCCCCCGCUGCCUUUCCGCUCUCCAGUUUGAGACUGUGAGAGCCUCCUGUGAAAUGGCAGCACGAUCCUGGCUGCGGGUUCUGCUGCGAGGCCGUAAGACUCAGCUCCUCCUGGUCAACAUGCUGACCUGCGGCCUGGAGAUCUGCAUGGCCACCGGGACCACCUGCGUGCCCCCCCUGCUUCUGGAGGCUGGGAUAGAGGAGCAGUUCAUGACCAUGGUCCUGGGUGUGGGGCCGGUCCUUGGCUUGGUGUUCGUCCCGAUGAUCAGCUCGGCCAGUGAUUGUUGGACCGGGCGCUAUGGCCGGAGACGCCCCUUCAUCUGGUUGCUGUGCCUGGGUGUCCUGCUGAGCCUGAUCCUCAUCCCCCACGCCUCGCUGCUGGCGGGCUGGCUGUCCGUGCAGAGCAAAGGGCUGGAGGUGGCUCUGCUGAUCACUGGGAUCAGCUUGCUGGAGUUCUGCGGGCUGGUGUGCUUCACCCUUCUGGAGGCCCUGGUGUCAGACCUGUUCCAGGACGAGGAGGGGUGCCGGCAAGCCUUCGCCAUGCACUCCCUGAUGAUCAGCCUGGGUGGCUGCGUCGGCUACCUCCUCCCAGCCGUCGACUGGAAAAGCAUCCCCCUGGUGCCUUACCUGGGCGGGCAGGAGACCUUCAUCUUCAUCCUGCUCACCCUCAUCCUCCUGUUCUGUCUGCUGGGCACAGCCUUUGUCUCCGAGGAAGUCUUGAAGAGCGGAGGGGGAGGAGGGGAGUUUUCAGUGGUGGAGUCCCGUUUUAAGUGCCAUUACCCCUUCCCCUUGUCUUUCCGCCCGCGCCACCUGCUAUCUGCCCUCCGCAGCUGCUGUGCCCUCCUACCCAGGCUGCGGCAGCUGUGCCACCGCGUGCCCCGGGUGAUCCGGCAGCUGUUUGUGGCAGAGCUGUGCAGCUGGAUGGCUCUUAUGACCUUUAUUCUGUUCUACACAGACUUCAUCGGAGAGGGUCUGUACAAGGGGGUGCCCAACGCCAAGCCGGGCAGCGCCGAGAGGCUGAGAUACGAUGAAGGGGUGCGGAUGGGCAGCCUGGGCCUCUUCCUGCAGUGUGCCACCUCGGCGAUGUUCUCUCUCUUCAUGGGCCGGCUGGUGAAGAAGCUGGGCCCGCGGGCCGUCUAUUUGAGCAGCGUGGCCUUCCUCGCCCUCGCCACCCUGGUCAUGUCCCUGUCACGCAGCCUGGUCCUCAUCACAGCCAUGGCGGGCAUGACCGGCUACACCUUCUGUACCCUGCAGAUCCUGCCUUACACACUUGCCUCGCUCUACCACAGCGAGCACCAGGUGUUUUUUUCCCAGCACAACACAAGAGGAGCCACUGCUAAAGAAGAAGGGGGGAUGCCUCCCUACAUCAACGGGCAUCCGGGGGGCAUGCCGGGACUUGGGCUGCCGCUCCCUGCCUCCCCGCCAGCCCUCUAUGUGUCUGUACCCGGCGAUGGCACGGCGCCCCUUGCUGGUCGGGGGAUCUGCCUGGACCUGGCCAUCCUGGACAGCGCGUUCAUGCUCUCCCAGGUGGUGCCCUCCCUCUUCAUGGGUACCAUCGUUCACUUCAGUCAGUGCGUGGCCGCCUACAUGGGCUGUGCCUCUGCCAUAGGGCUGGUGGCCAUCUACGUCUCCACGAAAGUGGUCUUUGAGAAAAGUGACCUGUGCCGGUAACGGCACUUCGAGUAGGCCUGACCCAGCCCCUCUGAUAAUAAUGCCCUGAUGAAAUUGAUUUGCACACAAGUUCAAACACCCUGAAGGUGACCCCUGUGCUGUGCCUUGGGAUUUUUACUGUGCACAGAAUCAGCCUUGGUUUGACACCAAGUGCCAUGCUGGGACGCUGCAUUUCAAAGAGAAUCGAGUCUCCUACUGAGCCACCAACACCUCUCCGUACACUCGCACUACAGCAUCAGGCUUUCGUUGACCUGAUGACAGGACAAGGUCAAGUCAGACCCCAAGUUGUGAAGACAUUUAUACAUGUCAAAGACUUUUUAUAAAGAUGUUAAUGUGCCUUUAAAACAAUGUAUCUACCUGAUACCAUGGCUGCCUAUUACCACAGGUGUUGGCAGGUGGAUGUUUGUUAACAAUAUAUAAAAUAAAUGGAUGUAUGUUUCUAAAGUGGGUGAGGGGAGGUAACAGUGAAAGACAGUGACUGCCCUGAAUGCAAGAUCCAAUGGUCAUAUACAUUGAAGUAAAAACAUGCCAGUAAAUAUCUUCAAUGUGCUCCGUCUGUAAGACCACACGCAAGAUUUGCAACAACUCGAGGAAUGCCUUUAAUGAUGAAUGCUAAUAAAUGAAGGCUAGUUAGUAUUACUUAAUGCACUGGAAUAGACAGCUGAAAGUGUGCAAGAUGCCAACACUUAGCGAUAGACAUCUCUUUGUUUGUCCAUACAAAGUGCAUCCUGCAACGAUCUCCUGAGUGGUUUAUGGUGUCUAAUACCCUAUCCACACUCCCCAGAUAACACACCUGAUUGCUGCUCUCACCAUUUACAAGCACAUUUAUAAAACGCAAUGAUUGCACUGAUUAUGGAGGUAGCUUGAAGUGGUCGACCAUGCAAUUAAAACAUACAUGGUGUGAUAUUUCUAUCAAUUCCAAUUGGUAUGCCGGUGCACUUAUAGAUGAGUCUGCAGAAGGCAUGCUGGCACUGCACCACAGCUAUCGCAAGGAUUAUAUAAUUGUUGAUAGAUAUAAAAUAUGUAUUUAUUUAUUUGAAUUGGAAUAAGGGCAUUCCUUUAUUGUUAUAGUUAUUAUAUAUGAAAAUAAAUCUUUGCAAUGGGUUUUAAGUAGAUCUCUAUUUUUCAUGAUGUAAAUUAGAUAGAAAAGAAAAUAGCAGUAUUUAUUCAAACUGCGAGUGCUUUUGUACAGUUUUAUUGGGGGUCUUUGCAAAGCAGUUUUGUAACAAUUGCCAGUUCGAUUUUCCUUUCAGUAAACAGGGACCACUAUGUAUAUACUUUUCAAGCAGAUUGCAUGCGUUUUGCUGGAUUCCAGAGAAAGGUUAUUGUAACACAGGCAUUCCAAUGCGGUCCGCAAUCCCAAUUGAAAGCUAUCUUUGAAUGUGAUUUAUCUUAGUGUGUAAACAUACAACACCAGAAAAGAGACUUUGAGUUAUAACUGGUUCAGGAACUACAAGAAGAACCAGUCUGUGUCAAAUGAAUACCUUUGAAACGCAUUUCCGUGGAGGCGUGCAAACUGGAGGGAACUCAAAACCAACUCAAGUUUUGUUAACUGUUGUUUUCACUGCUUAUUGUGCUGUGAUACCUGUAACCUGGUUUACACAAUGUCUGGAUCCAGCGAAUAUGAGCACUACAGGAGACUGUGCUGAGUAUUGCUGGUCCAGGAGAUAACGUUUACAGUACUGUAUAUCACUCCCGGGUGAGGUGGUAAAGAAUACUGCAAAAGAGUUUACAGAUGUCACUGUUUUUUUUGUUUUUUUUACUGUUUUUGUUUAUUCUGUUGUGUUAAAUGUCAAGAGGAAUCUAUUCUGAAAUCUUAUAAAAGAGAAUGGAAUUCUGACACGGUGUUGAGAAUCUUAUUAAUCCUAUUAAAGGUUUUCCCUUCUGAAAAGUGAAUUUGCUUACGAUUGUAAGUCGCCCUGGAUAAGGGCGUCUGCUAAGAAAUAAAUAAUAAUAAUAAUAAUAAUAAUAAUAAAAAUAAUACUAAUAAUACUAAACUUGCUGUUCAAGGCUGUUCCACCAGAGGGCGCCCAUUAUGCAGAGUCUGCCCUUGACAUUGGUUCAAUCCUGGCUCUGCUUCAGCACACACUCAAGGGCUCUGUAUGGAAACUGGUCAGUUGUCAUGUCAAUAUAGGGUGAUCAGACGAUCAAACUGGGAUUGGCCCCGUCAGAAACAGUAAAUUUGUUGAAUAGUCCCGGUUUUGCUAUUUUGUAUUCACAUUUUGUAAAGUACAACACUGUAGCAGUGUGCUCAGCAAGUUGACAGCACAGUAAUUUAUCAUACAAAAAUAAAAUAAUGAAACGCAUGGAUUACGUGUUUAAUAAUUCUGAUUAUGUGUUUAAUAUAAUUAAUAUUCUGUUUAACUUCCUGGACCAUGGCUAUUUAAAAAUAAAAAUAUAUAUAAUUAGAAA